AUGCAGCCUAAUUUAUCAAUGAAGCCUCUAUGCACACCGAAAUUAUCAUGCCAAUCCAGCUUAAAAUGUGCAGACAGAUUUUUACCAAAUCGUUCGUCUAUCAACCUCCUCACAAGCUUCGACAUGGUCAAAGAAGACAAAAGUCCAAGCUUCGUCGGAAAUGUGUCGGAGGACCAGCAAGCUGGAUAUUCAGCACUUCUAAAGACCCAGCUCUUACAGAACAGCAAAAGCAUUCUAAAUUCUAACAGUAUUUUUAAAUACUCCCAAGAGACACACUUGAAAGAAAAUAUUCAGCUAGGGUUUUCAGGCGAAGAACUUUACUCCCCAUUAAAAUCUCAAAGAAGUAUCCCUAAGUCUCCUUAUAAAGUCUUAGACGCCCCUUCCCUCCAAGAUGACUUCUACUUGAACCUCCUAGACUGGUCAUCGCACAAUACUUUAAGUGUGGGAUUAGGGCCAUGCGUCUACCUAUGAAAUGCCUCAACUUCAAAAGUGACGAAGUUAUGCGACUUAGGGCUUAGCGAUUCUGUUACUAGUGUUUGUUGGUCUCCAAACGGAGACUAUAUCACUGUAGGUACAAAUCAAGGAAAUUCGCUACUUUGGGACGUAAAUAGGACAAAACUUAUUAGGACUUUUUCUGGGCACUCAGGAAGAGUCGGCUCGAUGGCUUGGAGUAGUAAAGUCUUAUCCACAGGGUCAAGGGACAGGCAGAUUCUUCAUAGAGAUGUAAGGUCUCCUGAAGAAUAUAUUGGCAGACUUAUAGGGCAUAAACAAGAGGUGUGCGGACUUAAAUGGUCAUUUGAUGAGCAACAGCUAGGUUCAGGAGGAAAUGACAACAAACUAAUCCUUUGGAAUUUGCAGUCUCCGUCGCCUAUUAUCAAAUUCCAACAGCAUGUGGCAGCUGUAAAAGCAAUUGCUUGGUCCCCUCACCAGCAUGGACUUUUGGCAUCUGGAGGAGGAACAGCUGAUAGGACAAUCAGAUUUUGGAACACACUUACUAAUGAAGAAUUGCAUCAUGUCGACACAGGCUCACAGGUGUGCAACCUAAUGUUUUCGAAGAACAGCAAUGAGCUUGUAUCGACUCAUGGAUACUCACAAAACCAAAUUGUGCUUUGGCAAUAUCCAGGAUUUCAAAAAGUUGCUACACUUACUGGACAUACUUACAGAGUCUUAUAUUUAUGUAUGUCUCCAGAUGGGCAGACCAUUGUGACGGGUGCAGGCGAUGAAACUCUGAGGUUUUGGAAUUUGUUCCCGAGCAGCAAAGAAACUGCAGAAUCCGGCUUACAGAACUCAAUGUUCCCAUCUUAUCUGGACUUGCGAUAA